GCGGUGUGUGGAGGCCGGUGACCGGUACCGGUCCUCGCUCCCAAAUCGAGCGGCUUUCUGCAAGUGUUGCUCGGUCAACUCUCUCUGCUCGUUCCUCCAUGGCUCCCGAGGUCGGUUCCGGGAAGAGGGUGCAGUAGGUGACACCAUGGAGGACUCCGAUUCGGAGUCCGUGCAAACGGUCAAGGAGCUGCUGGACGACACGGCGCCAAAACCGGCAGCUCGGCGAGAUAAUUCCGGGGGCCCGAGCGCCGAGGCUACAAACAGGUUCUACUUUCAAGAACAUUUGAAGAAGAGUUUGCUGUCAAUAAAUCCAAGUGCCCUUCAAACCUUGGAGACUUUAAUGCAGGAGAUUCAAAAUACUAGUCGGGCAGAUCCUGAGAUUCUGAAGAGUUGUGAGGUAAGAUGGCUACAACUAUUUAAACUAGUGGAGAAACAGUACCAAGACCAAAUAUUGUCUCAACAAGAUCAAUACCAAUGUCAAAUCCAACUUAUCCAAGAUGAAAUCAAAGCACUAAUCCAGUUACAAAAUGAAGGUGGUGUCAAACAUUGUACAGCCAGAUUACCAUCACCUUCAAAGCACGUGGAUGACUUGACUGUAUGUGAUACUGUCAAUGGGCAUCACGUAGAGGAGUUGGGACAUUCUGACUGUGGUAAAGCAAAGGGACAACUACCAGCUACCAGCCAAUGCAGUGAUGAAGAGAGGCAAUUGAGAGACAGCAUGGAAUUGAAUUGUGCAAGUGAACAAAAUAAUUUUCCAAGCUUUGAUGCAAUAAAUGAGGCGAGAUUGAAUACUCCAGACAGUACACAGACAAUGAAGGAGAAAGAUUCAAUACAAUUCCAGCAAAACCAAUUGAGUCUUCCUCAUCUGAAAGAAAAUGGACACCAAGCAUUCAUUUCUGCUGCUGGUGAUAAGCAGUCUUUCACACUUAAAUUUUUAAGCAAACCAUUUCAAGACUUGAAGAUAAAUCAGGGAGCAAAUAACAGCAAAUCUGAGAUGGAAAUUAAAAUGGAGACUGAAAGUCAGCUUGGCAAACCGAAUAAUAUCAAUGGUUUGACGUCUUGGGUACAGAAGGUUAAACAGAAGAACUGGAAAUCAAAGUCUGGAACUAGGACCUCGUGUGAUACUAUGCAGCCACAAGGAACCGGGCAGCUACCGGAGACUGAAACGGCAGAAGGUGUUCACUUGCCAUCUGCACGUUCUUCUCCCAGCUGCUCUUUCUACCUCAGCAGACCUUCCAGCAGUCCAAAUUCUUUGGUGUCCAGUGUUUCAGGACUGUCAUACUGGAAGAUGGAUGAGGGGGAGCUAUACCACGCUUUACCAAACAACAAGGAGACUGAUGUAUUAUCUCCCUCCAAAACCGUCAAAGUAUUACGUCUUCCAGCAGGUGAGAUCCCUUCACUGAAGGAGAUUUAUUGCAUGAAGCAGAGAGACAGAAAGCAUCUAGCUGGCUGGGGAUCAUGUUCACCUCCACUCCUUCGAUCUCCACCACAGGUUUUAACACUUGAUCCCACACUUCACAUGAAGCGUCCUACACCAUUUUCUCUACAUGAUCACUGUAGUACCUCAGUGGUGGUUUCGGAAUGUGACACUCAAUCUUCAGUUAGCCCUGACUCUCUUGUGGGAGUAACCACGCAAAGCUAUUGCCAUCCUAAUUUGGGAUCAUGUGUACGUACUGCUCCAGAAUCAGAAUUGACAGAUACCUCCAGGCGUACUGUGCGGAAUAGCUCAUCGCCUUCUCCAAACUGGAAUCUCCAUUCUGGUUCUCAGUCUUCCACUGCUGUCCAAGGUCACCAUUACUUAAGCUUGAAAGAAACGGGGAAUGCAAGUGCUUUACCAGGACAAGAGAGCAAUUCUGCAAUAACUCCAUCACCUGUGCCUUGUGUUGAAUUGAGGAGUGGAAAUAAUAUGAAUAGAUCAUUGGACCAUCAUGUUUCUGAAUCGUCUCUUGAAGAUCCUGUUACGUUAUCCAUCGCUCGCUUAAACUUGCGUGAGAAGCAUGCACGGCAUGUGGCUGACAUUAGAGCUUACUAUGAGGCAGAAAUCAACAGCCUGAAGGAGAAAUUGGAUGCUUUAAAUUCACCUUCUGCAGUAUCUGAGGCAGAAAAACAGAACCAAAAUCUUGCAAAAAGAUGUGAACAAUUGGAAGGAGCACUAACCGAAGCUGCCAAGCGAAUUCGGGACCUUGAGAACAAGAACUAUUUGAUGGAAAUGCAGUUGGCUGAGUGGCCUGGACGCUACGAUGCAGUCAGUACUGCAGCUAAGGCUCUGCAACAACGCCUCGAUGAAAUGCGAAAAGAUAGCAAGGAGAAAGAUAACAUGGUCAACAAACUCAAUAGCAGGCUGAAAGACCUAGAAGAAGCUUUUGAACUUGCAUACAAACACUCCGAUAAUAAAGAUGCCCGACAGAAACAAGAGCACAAAAUGCUACAAGAUUUGCUUACAGAGUACGAGUCACUGGGAAAAGAACAUGAACGAGUCAAGGAAGCUUUGAAUACCACAGAAGAUAAACUGUAUGAUGCAAAUUCUCAGAUCUCUGAGCUGAAAAGAGUUGUAUCUAAGCUUGAGGCUCAGAUUAGACAAGCAGACCAUGAGAGGAGCUACAUGAAGGUCCGGACUAGUACAGAAAGCUGUUUACGUACAUCAAGCAACAGCCUUUUUAACCACCACAAUGCUUAUCAUUCUCCUGUAAAAUCUGCUUCAACUGAUGUGGCAAGACGGAAGUGGUUGACUCCAGGUUCUGAUUAUUCCAUCUUCACAGGACGUCCUUUAGAGAGUAACUACAGUGGAUUUGAGGAAACUCACUUGCAGCCCAGAAGGUACCAUUCUCCACCAGAGAAAGAUCACCCAUUCAGCCAGCAGGAUCCGUCAGAGCCCAAUCCUCCCAUUCUCAGAGCACUGAAGCAACUUGAUUCCAGAAAAAGUUCUGAAAACUGGGGAGUACAAGCACAGUUACAGGAUGUUUCAGGAGCAGGAGACAGAACAAAAGUCUUGAAACGCACACAGGGCUUGGGAUUUGUGGAUUCCAGCUGCUGUAAAAGCCAAUCAGUGGACUCAUGCAAGGGUCGAACUAGAUCAAAAGACAAUAGUUCUCCCUCAGGCCAAAGAUCAUCAUCUGUACCCCCUUCAAGCAGGAAGUCGACACCCACUUCUACUCCAACCAAACGAAACACUUUGUUAACAUCAUUGUCUGCCAAGUCAAGUCCCAAGCGCUGUCCUAAAGAAAACCUGUCGCCUGGAUUUAAUCACCUCCUUGGCAAAGAAGAAAACCCAGUGACAAGGUUUGACAUCAACUUGGAUGAAGACGAUUUUGCCGAGUCAGUCCCAUCUUGCGGUUCAAGCCCAAGAAAAAGACUUCAGUUCUUUCCACUAGAGAAUACAGAAUCAAGGUAUCAUGUUGAUAAUGCUCAACGUGCGAUGCCCACGGAUUCUGUACUGAAUGCGGUUAAGAUGGGCUCUAUCAUCAGUCGACCAGCUUGGGAAGACAAGACAAUGACUUUGCAGAAAGAGAAACAAAAUGCCCCUCUACAAACUCCGUAUGAGACUGAGCUGACAUAUAAAACAAGGAUGGAGGCUUUGGGGGAAACAGAGAAACUCUUUGAUGCUCUCACACAAGAAAAGCAACAGAUUGAAGCUGCAUUAAGUCGCAUACCUGGUUCUACAGGCAGAAUGACUUUACAAGCAAGAUUGGAAAAGGAAGCUUUAGAAGAUCGAUUGGAAAAGAUCAAUCGUGAUCUUGGAUCAGUGCGGAUGACACUGAAGCGGUUUCACAUUUUACGAACCUCUGCAAAUUUGUGAACUGUUCUCCAAUUUUUAUUUGACCAGAUGUUUACUUGCACUAAAAUUACAUUGUUAUGCACUGUUAUCACUAACAGAAGGCGGGUUUAUUUUUGGUCAUCUUGUAACUAAAUGAUGGCCUUACAAUGCACAUCCUUGUAUUAGAGGUCACACAGUUGUGUAUAUAAAGAAAAAAACAUUCUGUGCCUUUUUAGAGAAAUGCAGUCCAUAUCUCAAUUAGUUUUGUUAUUAAAGGUUGGAACCAAAACCCAUAAAGGAUAUAUUUUGGUAAUGGACAGAACGUGUAUUAUAUACAUACUUUUGUAAAUGAUUUAGAACAUCUGGAAGUGAAUAUUAUUUGUUAAAAUUUAGAUUAAGAUGGAAAGUGUGCGUCAGAAAUUAUUUUGCAGAUGAUAUUGGUCAGAAAUUUUAAUAUUUUAUAUUUGAAAUUGAAAUACAUUUAUGAACUAAUUUUUUAAAGAAACAUCAUUAAAAUACAGUAUUGAAUAAAUUAAUGGGCCAUAUUUGUUUGGUUGUAACACAAAAUUCAUUGAAGACAUCUUUGAAAGUUGUUGUUCCUCUCAGCGCCUCGUGCGCAAUGGGCAGAAACCUUGCUGUUUCUUUAGUUUCUCUGUCUUUUUUUUUUACAAGGUUGAGUGCUAGCUUGAUGCUCAACCCAGCACGGAUGGAAAGCCUGCAAGGA